CAAGACUGACUGAGAUGUACACACACCUUGUGGAGUUUCAUACCACACAGAAGAAUGAAAAGUGUCCUGGGAAAGAAGAGACAGGUCCACACUGGAAUAAAGAGAGCAUUCUGUCACUGGGAAAACUGGCUUUUCAACAGCUUAUGAAUGGCAAUCUGAUUUUCUAUGAAGAAGACCUGAAAGAGGCUGGCAUUGAUGUCAGUGAAGCCUCAGUGUACUCAGGAUUGUGCACACAGCUCUUUAAAGAGGAAUGUGGGCUGUACCAGAACAAGGUGUACUGCUUUGUUCAUCUGAGCAUUCAGGAGUUUCUGGCUGCUGUAUAUGUGUUCCUCUCAUUCACCAACAACAAUGAGAAUCUAAUGGCCGAACCGCAAUCAACGUCCAGGAACCUUUCUGUGUAUUUCAGAGACAAGCCUAAAGUUACUGUCUACAAGAGUGCUGUGGAUAAAGCCUUACAAAGUGAGACGGGAAACCUGGACCUGUUCCUCCGCUUCCUUCUGGGCCUCUCACUGGAGUCCAAUCAGAAGUACUUACGAGGUCUAAUGACAAAGACAAGAAGCAGCUCACAGAGCCAUGAAGAAACAGUCAAGUACAUCAAGGAGAAGAUCAGGGAGAAUCCCUCUCCAGAGAGGAGCAUCAAUCUGUUCCACUGUCUGAAUGAACUGAAUGACCAUUCUCUAGUGGAGGAGAUCCAAAGCUACCUGAGAUCAGGAAGUCUCUCAGAAGACAAACUGUCACCUGCACAGUGGUCAGCUCUGGUCUUUGUGUUGCUGACUUCAGAAAAGGAGCUGGAUGUGUUUGACCUGAAGAAAUACUCCAGAUCAGAGAAAGGUCUUCUGAGGCUGAUGCCAGUGGUCAAAGCCUCCAGAGCUGUUCUGCUGUCAGGCUGUGGAGUCACAGAGGAAGGCUGUGCUUCUCUGGUCUCAGCUCUGAGGUCAAACCCCUCACACCUGAGAGAGCUGGAUCUGAGUAACAAUGACCUGAAGGAUUCAGGAGUGAAGCGUCUCUCUGCUGGACUGGGGAAUCCCCACUGUAAACUGGAGACUCUGAGGCUGUCAGGCUGUGGAGUCACAGAGGAAGACUGUGCUUCUCUGGUCUCAGCUCUGAGGUCAAACCCCUCACACCUGAGAGAGCUGGACCUGAGUAACAAUGACCUGAAGGAUUCAGGAGUGAAGCUGCUCUCUGCUGGACUGGGGAAUCCCCACUGUAAACUGGAGACUCUGAGGUCAGUAUUCCUGUAGUUGGUCAACAAGUGAUAACUGUUCACCAGAUCCACAUGUGUUUACCAGACACACAUAGUCAACACCAUAUGUGUUUGGACAGUGAAGCUUACAGUUUUAAAUGUGGUGCUAUGCUCCAGCAUUUUGGAUUUGAG